AUGAGGAACACGGGAAUCAAAGGGGUUGAAAAUCAUCCAGAUUCUUCUGGGUUCUGGAAAUUGGAUGCAAAUCGAAGGUAUCCCGUGGCCGAGACAACGGUUUCUUCUGUGUUUUCUAGCCAUCCAUUUCAAGCCGACCUCAUCUCCGAAGUUCGCAAGAUCUGCACAGAAUGGACGACGCCUCUUCCUCUCCCUCGGCUUGUGCUCUCCCGUCACUGCAAUCCUGGCUUCUUUCUCCGAACUAUAGCAGUAGCAACAGCGACAAGUGGCAUUUACAUGAAGAGUCCACGACACGAGAGAGAGUGA